GUCUGCCCGCGCCCCGCGCUCGCGUCCCACCGCUCACUCGAAAUAGAUGCACGGUGAUUUACGCCUCGGCUGUAUGAGUAAAUAUGUAGCUUGCCUGCCUGCCUUGGCAUGUCCGCUCGCUUUCCCGCCGCCCCCGCGUGCCGCCGAUCUGAGUGCCGGCUGCCGCACCGCACCGCUCCCCGCGAAACAUGUAGCGCUAGAAUGUAUCGCGGGCGAGUAGGUAAUCGCGACUCGCGACCUACCACGUCUCCAACAGAAUGCAUGCGUGGGGCGUUAUGACGUACCUAGUCGUUUAUUUUAUGUGAACAAAGCGGAACGACGCGGCCUAUAGCGGGCAAGGUGAUGUUUGCUUUUAAAAGAGAAUCCCAACAACACUACCUACGUACAAAAGUCGCGUAAAAGAUGCCGCUAACGCAAGAAAAACGUUUGGAUAAUAACUUCUCUAACAACAAUGACCACAGCUAUCUUCAUAAGAAGUUCAAAAAAAUGGCAUCUACUAUGUCAAUGCUUCCGGGCAGUUCGAUUAAAGCGGAAGAAAGUGGACAUCAGGAAACCAGUCUUUUAAAAGUUACUAGUAGUUCUACUAUUACCAACGGAAGUAUUUCAGCAGCUCACCCAGAAAUAGAAAAAAUUAAAGAUAUUAUAUACGAUAAACGCAGCAUGGAUGUGGAGAGAAAUGUACAAACUAAUUUUAACGAUGAAAACUUUAGAUUAAGUGAUGUGAAUAACUUUGUUCAAAUACCUGGUAAAACCAGUUUUUCUGAAGAAUUUUUAAAUAAGACUGAAACACUUGAAAAUGAUUUUAUAAAGGACACUUAUAGUGGAGGUACCGGGCGAUAUAUAUGCCCUUAUUGUAAAAUAUCAUGUGCCAAGCCUUCAGUUCUACAAAAACAUAUCAGAGCUCAUACAAAUGAGAGACCGUAUCCAUGUAUACCUUGUGGAUUUGCUUUUAAGACAAAAUCAAACUUAUAUAAACAUCGGAGGUCAAGAACGCAUGCUUUGCGAUUACAAGGAGCAGAUAUUGCCACUGCAAUUAACGAUGAUGACAUGUCGGGUGAUUCCGAAAGCGACACGUCAAUACCGCCAACGUCCUUGUCAGGUUCAGAUAGGGAUCAGAGCUCGGAUACUUCAAUGGUUCGUUCAGAAAAGAGACCUAAUGAAUUUUCCUCACCAGAACUAACGAAUGAUAGUAACAAUAUUUUAUUACACUCGAUUUCUCAUUUAAAUGACAACAAAUCAAAAGCAAUUUACAAACCCAAGUUCAGAGCAGCUUUUUAUCAUGGAAUGGAUGAUAAAGAUAAGAUAAAAAAGAGUAUUUCACAGAAUGCUGACUUUCUUACGGAACAUAUCUCUAAAAUUAUAUCAGAUAAUGAGGCCAUUGUUGAUGUUAUUGAAACUCCUUUACAGAAAAAGUAUGGCAAAAUUAAACAAAUUGCGGAAAGUAAACAGUUUUUAAACGACUUAGAAAUUACUCCAGAUUUAACACCGUUAAAUUUAACUAAAAGUUGUUAUGACACGGACAAUUUGAUGAGAAAGAGAUCUCACUCAGAUAGUUUUGCUCAGACAGUUGAAGAUCAAAAACACCCACUAAAUCCUGAGGGUUCAAUCAUAAAAGAUCUCCUACUUAAAACUAAAGCUAAUGGACUUAAUCCUGUGACAAGCGAACUUGUUGAUGGGUUGGGACCACUUUAUGUUUGUCCUUUAUGUCAAAUAGUAUACAGAAGUGCUGAUAACUUAGAAAUUCACAGGUUGUAUUAUUGCAAAGGUGUCCUAUCAAGCAAUUCAACUGUAGUGAAUAAUGCUGUAAAAGAAACGAAGAGUGGAAGACCUGAAAAUAUAUUUGUAAGAAGUAAUUCCAUUAAUGUUCGGUUUCCUGAAAAUGUGUUGACUCCAGUUUCAAGAACGAAUAUUUCAACCAAGUCGCCACCUUUAAAAAAUAAGCCCGAUAAUCUUGUGAUUUUAAAGUCAGAUUGUAAUGACUUUAUCGCCCCGUUGCCAUCUCCAGGACCAUUACUUGGUAACACGAGACUUGUAGAUACCAGAAUACCAUCAUCUGAAUUUAAUAAAAAGACUGAGACAUUUAAAAUAAGGCCUAAAGAAUCUAGUCCAAAGAGACGACUUGAUAGUAGAUCGGAAACAUACAGCCCAAGACUCCUUGAUAGCUCGUCACCUAGGUCUGCUGACUUAUAUUGUCAACCUAAAAUGAGAUGUAUGGAAAUAAACUCUUCUCUUAGAACAAUUGAGGAAAUGUCACCACAUAUUAGGCAUAAUUCUACAUCUCUUCAAAUGUUUGGAGGCGAAGUAAAAAUAGUCGAUCACUCUGGUAGUACUACGACCUUGCGUAUUGAACCCAGUAAAAAUCAAUUAUCUCCAAUUUUAAUACACCAAAAUCUUUCACCUUCGAAGUACGCCAAUGAUUCAGAAGCAAGCAGCGUUGUGGUAAGAUCAGGUCUUCAUUCAGGAGGCACUAUUGUCCACAACCCUCCUACACCAAAAGAAACUAGUAGCACGCCGCAAAUACAAACUUCCAGAAUAUCAGUAUCAACACCGACCGCUCAGAACUCAAACUUGCUAAAUAUUCAUGACAUAACUCAUUUCCAAUUUCCACCACUUAGUGCCAUUACGGCGUAUAACCCUUUGACACUGCCUCCACUCAGUCCAUCCUCGUCACCUAACGGCGCUUCAACUAUAUUUCACGGUGGCAAGCUGAUACCUCAUGUCCCAGGAAUACCCGGUCCAAACACCCCUGGCUUGCUGGUUGGAAACAAUAGCUCGCAAUUAAAAAACAAUGAUGUUUUGAAGAAUGUGAAGUCAGAGAACAUUUCAGACCAUAAACCAUUCAUUAUGCAAACUGGAAAAAGCAUUACAAAUUACGAUAGAGUUUUUAAUUCUAAAAGUCCAAAUAUCAAAUCCCAUUACGAAAUAGAGAGGCAUAAUCAAACGAAAGAUAAUUACCAUGCAGAAUUACAAAGCAUUUCCAGUGUGCCAAUUAUAAAAAUUAAGCACGUAGACGAGCACGUCGUUGCUACACCUUUUCCAGCUAAUAAUAAUAUCAGAGUAGCUCUACGAACUGAAGGUGCCAUUAAAAGAAAUGCAGAAGGCUUUCCAAGAAUGCCAGUAUUGAAAGAGAAUUCAAAUUACCAAUUAAUUAAAAACAAAAAUAAGGAAUCUCAAUUUCAACCUUCUAAAAAUGUCGAUAGUAAAUCUGAAAAUGAAAUGAGAAAUUUUAAUUUCGAAAAUCUGAUAACUAAAGUAGAAAUAUACAACAAUCAAAUUCAAAGUUCUUCUGAGGUUCAGAACAAUUUUAAUACCCCAGAAGAAUGCGCAACACCACUUCAAAACGAAAGGUCAGAAACAUUGUACUUCCAAAAAAAUUCGGCAGCAAAGUCACUUAGUGAUGAAAGAAAACCGAAGUUUUUAAGACCAUCGACAUUGCCUCUAAAACCUGGCACAUUUACUCCAAAGAAGCAUCAUGGUAUAACACCUAAUUCAAAUACCAUGCCAUUAAUAUCUCCUGAAACUCCUCGGCCAGCAAAAGCUUAUGGGCAGCUUUAUCUUAAUGGCAAUGCUUAUACGUACCUGGGCUUAAAAUGCUCAACGAAAGUUUUUUACUGCACUAUCAAUCGCCCACAGCCAACGUAUGUACCGAAUCAACAUUUCCUAUCGAUGUAUAGUAAUUGGCAGUUAUUAUCUGAGCUGACGCCAGACCCGCUGGGACUGUCAGCAUCGUCUGCUAUGUCUCUGUAUGACUCACGUCAUCGACCGCAAAACGUUGCUGUCUCUGUGAUUAAACAGGAUCUUAUAUUGACUCAUUCAUCACAGUGGAAUAAAAAUUCGAAGGACAGCAAACAGAUAAUACCUUUUAUGGAUACGAAAAAGUCUGAGGAGUUAAGAAAUAUUGCUGAUAACAUCGCAUCAUCCAAAAAAGAGUUAACUGGUGGAUUCGAAAGUAAUGAAGAGUACACAUACGUACGUGGUCGCGGCAGAGGACGGUACGUCUGUUCUGAAUGUGGAAUUCGUUGUAAAAAGCCUUCUAUGCUGAAGAAACACAUUCGAACUCAUACUGAUGUCCGACCUUACACAUGUGUUCAUUGCGUUUUUAGCAGACAUUUCAGCUUUAAAACGAAGGGAAACCUGACAAAACACAUGAAAAGUAAGGCGCAUUACAAAAAAUGCUGCGAAUUAGGAAUAAAUCCAAAUGAUGGCAAUGAUGCCGAAGGUGUCGAAAUGGCACAGUGUUCAGGAGAAACUGAUGACGAUACUGAUUCGGAUGGCGAUGAAGGAAACGAAGGAGAAACGGAAUCUAGCGAUACAGAGAUUUGUAAAUCUCGACUACCAGAACACGAAGCUGCCCACUGUUUGCUUUCUUUGGGUGGUUGUAGACCUGCUACAUCGGCCACACCUGGCUUAAUAACUAGUGCCAGGCCAACGACGUAUCCUUAUACACCUAUCUCAUUAGAUAGUGAAGCAGAUAAUACUUUAGAGAAAGUACAAACUUCAAGGUCACCUAUGUCAGAUACAAUAAUGGAUGUUGAUAAUGAGCCAAUGGAUCUCAGCAGAAAUGAAUUAAGACCAUCUAAUAAUGCACCAGAAAUAUUAACUGCAAGAGAAUCCAGUGUUUUAGCAUCAUUAGCUUCAAAUACAGCUAAACUACCACAACAUCACAGUCAAUGGGUUAACGGAGAGCCCAUGUUACACAUGUAUUUAACUGAACGGGCUCUAUUAGACUCUAAAAUAAAACAAAGUCAGCAAACAUGUAAUCCUAAAACAAGAAAAAUUGAUUUGGAGGACUCUAUGUAUCCUAAUAAAGACUUUGAAAGAGGUAAUAAAAAACCCUUGACUACUUCUUCAGUAAAAAUAAUUAGUCUUAACGAGAUGAAGCGAGUUCCUGUUACUAAAAAUGAUAAUACUAUUGAGGAAAUUACAUUAAAUUCUAAUACUAACAAUGAAAUUAGAGCUAGAACACCUAGUAAUCCCUGUGCAGAAAGCAAACACAGCGAAUAUCCACACGGCCGAAUUCAACAUUUGAAAACAUUAGAAAACUCUCUUCAAAGUCAUCCAGAUGUAAUAUCAAGUGAUGAAAGUAACGGAUGUAAGAUUUCCGUGGAGGGAAAAGCACGAACGGAUGAGAAUAUUGAAGCCACUGAAAUAAAACGCCCUGCAUUAGAAUAUGAUUGUGUGGCAUCUAUUGCAGUAACCGAAGGAACGGAUUUCGAUAGUAUGCCUUAUUCGUCUGAAAAACUAAUGGAAGAUGAUAGGCGUGUGUGUUAUUUUUGUAAUGAAACAUUCACUAAACCACCGAGACCCUUUAGAUGUACUAUAUGUGCUGUUAGUUUUCGAACAAAGGGUCAUCUAUUGGUGCACGAACGAUCAGCCUCUCAUAAUAUUAAAAUAUCAAUGUCCCCAAAUUCGGAUAACGCUAAACAAGUGGUAUCAGACUAUUUAAAACAUUCCCGAAUUAAAUCUGUUGACGAUUCCAUACAAAAUCAUACUGAUAUUUCAAGUGACGAAAGCGAAGGGAGCAAGAUAAUUACUGAAGAUCAUUUGGACGGUGAGAGAAUAAAAUUGCCCUUAUCAGAGUAUGAGCCUGUAGCAACUAAAGAAGUUUCUGAAGAAAAAGAUUUCGAGGUGGACGAUGGAUGGAAAGAUUGUGAUUUUUGUAACAAAAUGUUCAAAGAGCCGGCGCAAUUAAAGUUACAUCUUAAUAUACAUUACAUGGAGAAACCGUUUAGAUGCAGUGUCUGCGCUGUUAGCUACCGGACAAAGGGGUAUCUACAAAAACAUGAGCGCUCAGCCUAUCAUAGUAAUAAAGCUACUAAGAAACCUAAUUCAGAAAACGCUAAAUAUGUUGUUUCAGAAUAUUUAAAACAUGCCCGUGUAAAUCCCUUGCAAACUCUUGAUGAUUCUUUACAAAAUCCCUCAGACAUAUCAAGUGACGACACAAAUUUAAGUAAUAUUCCUUUGGAAGAAAAAGCGAGAAUAGACGAUAAUUCGGAGAGUGACGGCAUUAAAUUACCCCCAACGGAAUAUGACUCAGUAGCGCCUAAAGUAGUAAUUGGGGUUGGGGGUGUAGCAUUCAAGGUGACCAAAGGAAAAGAUUUUGAAGGAACUUCUUACUCUCCUGGGAAAUUAAUGGAAGAUGGACGGAGAGUUUGCGAUUUCUGUAACAAAACGUUUACAAAACCAUCGCAAUUAAGAUUACAUCUAAAUAUACACUACAUGGAAAGACCGUUUCGAUGCAGUAUAUGCGCUGUUAGUUUUCGAACUAGAGGUCAUCUUCAGAAACAUGAACGCUCAGCUUCUCAUCAUAAUAAAGUUUCAAUGACAUCUACGUUCGGAGCAGCGACAUCUUUUAAUCCGCGACCUUUUCGUUGUUCCGAUUGUAAUAUAGCAUUUAGAAUACACGGACAUUUAGCUAAGCAUCUUAGAAGUAAAAUGCAUGUGAUGCGUCUAGAGUGUUUGUUUAAACUACCGUUCGGUACUUUUACCGAAAUCGAGCGAGCUGGCCUCAGUUUAACGGAUAUUGACACCACAGAUUGCGCAAGUUCGUUAGCCAGUCUUCAGACGCUCGCAAGAAAGCUGCAUGAAAAAGACCCUACGAAGUUGGAAUAUCGAGAACCAAGCGGUUCGUUACCGACUCUGCCUGCAACUGGCAGGGACUCUUCAGAAGAAGAAGAUUCUGGUGUGAUUAUAGAAAAGACGUGUGACAGUGUAAAUGAUAGUGAGAUCAUGACUAUUGAAAAUAAUAAAGGUUACGAUACCGAACUAAGAGUUAAUUAUAGUGCCACAGAUAAUUAGUGCCAAAAUUAAUUUAAGUAGAAUAUUUUAAUGUGCAAUUUUGUUUUUAUUUUUAAUUUAAAGUGUAAUUAUCUAUACUGAGGUUUAACUCAGAUACGUGUAAAAACAAAAUGAUGCGCUUUAACUAUAUCCAUAACUGUAUUUUAUUUUAAAUAUGUAUAGUUCUGGAGACUAUCAUGUAAAUAUCUCAAAUUGAAGUAAUUUUAAUGUUGUUAUAUUUGCUUCCAUACUAGGCUUAGUUAUUGUUAUAAUAUACAGCUCUAAAUAAGAGAAAUGAUAUUUUUUAAAUGUUCUUGAAUUUGAGGCAAGAAACAGAUAACUUACAACACAUUCAGUUUUUCAAAACUUAGUAAUAUGUGGUCCAUGAUUAAUGUAAAGAAUGCUUAAAUAUCAUUGAUACAUAUUACAUAUUGAAAAGUGUAGUAUAGUUAUUACUCUUUUAUAUAUGUAUUUUUAUAAAAUAUAUAACAUAAUGUAUUUACACUGAAAAACGAUUACUUCCAAAAUACUUUUAUAGUAUGAUAAUGUAAUUGGCAUAUCAACUUCCAUAAACGAAAUUUAGGUAAAGAUGUUUGAAGAGUCUUCCAUAUCGAAAAAUAGUAAUUGUGCUAGAUAUUUGUUUUACACUAGUUACUCUUCAAUUGGGUAAAUAUUUGACUUGUAUGAUUUUAAGCCUAAUCGAUAAAAAUGACUUAGUGUAUGUAGUCUUUUUUCUAAAUUCCUGUUUAAUGAAUAUAAAUACUAGUGAGGAUUAGUAAAUUUAGGAAUUUAUAUGAAGUAACUGUGAAUUGCCGAAAUAAAUGGAAUUUAGACUCCAUUGAUGGAUUUUGAAUCAAUCAGAACUGAGUGUCUAUAAUUCGAUUUUCCAAAUAUAAUGCCUAUUGUUAUUACGUAAUUGAAAUCAUAAAAUCGAGUUGAAAUGAGUCAAGUUGGAAACUUGGAUUCAGAAAGGAAAAUAUGGAUACAGCAGAUUAUUUGGUUAUAGUGGCUAUAUAAAAGACUUGGUAUAUCUUAGAAUCCACCGCAGUUCGUCUGUUCACAGGAAAGUUAAUAUAAAUUGUCUACAUAGUGGUUUAUAAAAAUCUUUUGAAGAUUGUACCUACUUUUUUCACUAGAACUUAAAGUACUAGUUUAGUAUUUUAAGAAAUCAAAAAUAGAAAUACAGGAUCAAGGAAUGUUAUCACUAAUGUAACUUUUAUGUCUAUGAAAUAACAUGUUUUAUGGUUCUUCAAGCAUGCGGUUAUAGGUCAAUAGGUAGGUACGUGAAGUAGAUCCUCUACACUCUACAGUACAUAGGUAAUAACCACGAGAUAAUGUUUAUAGAGGAAAACAUAAUUUUAAGUUCGUAAUUAAUCAUAGGAAUUCGCAAUUAUAAUAACGGUUUCCCUCAUGUGAGUAUCAAUGUAACUACACGCCUAAGAACAAUUCAAAUUGGUUGUUGGCCUAUUCGUGCAAAUAGCUUCUUCACUUUUCUUUAAUACUAACUCAAUUCCCUAAGAUAAUAUCUGAAAUCCUACGGCUACAACGGUGUUUGUUAAUUCAAGUUAGAUGAAUUUGAUGAAUGAAUUAAAAGAUUUUUUUUAUUUAGUAUACCAUGGCACGCAGGUGUAAAGUAACAUGAACUAUGUGAAAAAUAUUCAGAUUGAUAUUUGUUUUGAUUAAAAUAAUAGAAGUAUUUAUUGAGUGGCUGCUAUUACGAAAUGUAGCCUUAGAUUGAUAAAUUAGUCGAAAGAUUUGUUUGGGUACCUUUAUAAUCUAAAACUUCUGUACUGUGUGUUAUUUAA